CUUCCGUGGUGAUGCAUUUUUAUCCGUGUGCUCGGGUUUCUCUGUCCUGCCGUGGCUGCAGGAACGGCCGUCAUUGUACCGAUCCCGUAACACCUACCCAUCUGACCUGUUCAUCUGAGCCUUCGCCGCAAGAUCCAGAUGAUCCACUUGAAGCCAUGUUGGAUCCUCUGUGAAGUUUUGCAAAUCAGAUCAGUGGAUGCUUCACCCGGACCUCUCUCUAGGCUGUAUGGGGAAUAUCGGGAGCAGCUGGGUAAUUUUGCCAGACGGGAGGCCACACGUCUGUUGACUGAAAGGCAAUGGAAGAGGCACGCCGGCAAUGCCAAGGCAACCAGGAGAGGCCACGGCCGAGCACAUCAUGCCAGCCUGGAUGCGGGGCCCAUGACACCAGGUUUAAGCCCCUCCUCCUCUAUAAAGAAGCCACGCCCCUAUUCCAAAUGCCAGGACUGCCUGGCCCGGAUACAGAGAUAUAUUGUGACAAAGCUCGGCGAAGACUGGAUCUUCCUGGUUCUUUUAGGUCUCACUAUGGCUCUGGUGAGCUGGAGCAUGGACUAUGCAAGUGCCAAGAGCCUGCAAGCAUAUAAGUGGAUGUACGGGGAGCUGAAGGGUAAUGUGGCUCUGCAGUAUCUGGCCUGGGUCUCAUAUCCCAUCAUCCUCGUUGUGUUUGCAUCCCUCUUCUGUCACCUGGUCUCUCCACAAGCUAUAGGCUCUGGGAUCCCUGAGCUCAAGACCAUCCUCAGAGGUGUGGUGUUAAAGGAGUAUCUGACGCUCAAAGCAUUUGUGGCUAAAGUCAUCGGUCUUACGGCUGGUCUGGGCAGUGGUAUGCCCAUUGGGAAAGAGGGUCCUUUUGUGCAUAUUGCCAGUAUAUGUGCGGCAGUGCUGAGCAGGGUCAUGUCCAUCUUCACCGGUGUGUACGAGAACCCCUAUGGUUACACAGACAUACUGACAGUAGGAUGUGCUGUUGGGGUGGGCUGCUGUUUUGGGACUCCCCUUGGAGGUGUGUUGUUCAGUAUUGAGGUCACGUCGACAUAUUUUGCAGUGAGGAAUUACUGGAGAGGAUAUUUUGCUGCCACAUUCAGUGCCUUCAUAUUCCGAGUACUGUCAGUGUGGAACAAAGAUUCUGUUACGAUAACAGCGCUGUUUCGUACAAACUUUCGUAUGGACUUCCCCUUUGACCUGCAGGAGCUGCCAGCUUUUGCAAUAAUCGGGAUCUCAUGUGGGUUUCUAGGGGCGUUCUUUGUCUAUCUGAACAGACAAGUUGUUCUGAUCAUGAGGAGACCGACGGCUCUUACGCGCUUCCUCACAAAACAUCGGUUGAUUUACCCUGGCGCUGUGACACUAAUUAUAGCCUCCUUCACAUUUCCUCCGGGCUUCGGCCAGUUCAUGGCUGGAGAGCUGAUGCCCAGAGAGUGCAUUAAUUCACUAUUUGAUAACUUUACUUGGACAAAGAUAUGGGGUUCACCGGCUGCUCAAGGAUUGGGUCGCUCUGCUGCCUGGCUCCACCCUGAAGUCAGCGUCUUCGUCAUCCUUCUCCUCUUCUUUGUCAUGAAGUUCUGGAUGUCUGCGGUUUCUACUACAAUGCCGGUCCCUUCUGGAGCUUUCAUGCCUGUUUUUAUAUUGGGAGCAGCAUUCGGCCGUUUGGUGGGUGAGAUCAUGGCUACACUGUUCCCGAACGGAAUUCUGUUUGAUGGCAUCGUGUACCAAAUCCUGCCUGGAGGCUAUGCAGUGAUAGGAGCAGCAGCUAUGACAGGAGCAGUCACACACACAGUUUCAACAGCGGUCAUCUGUUUUGAACUGACGGGUCAAAUCUCGCACAUCCUGCCAAUGAUGGUGGCCGUGAUUCUCGCCAACAUGGUCGCACAGGGUCUACAGCCUUCUCUUUACGACUCCAUUAUUCAGGUCAAAAAGCUGCCCUAUCUUCCAGAGCUCGGCAUUGGCCACAUCAGUAAAUAUAAUAUCUUUGUGGAGGACAUCAUGGUGAAGAAAAUAAAGUUUCUGUCACCUCAGUCCACUUACAGAGAGCUGAAAGAUCUCCUGGAGUCCACGUCUCUCAAAACCAUCCCGCUUGUAGACUCCAAAGAGUCAAUGAUUCUAUUGGGCUCCAUUGAGAGAUGUGAACUUCAGGCCGCUUUGGAUUGGUGGCUCUCGGCCGAGAGGCGGGUUUAUAUCCGAGGUGAGGGCGUGUCCAGCCCGGGGUCACAGGUCAACUGGGAAUCCUUCGCCUUUGUGGAUGAGGAGGUUGGAGAGGAGAAUGGAGACAAGGGUAACACAGUCUCUGAAGAGUGUAACGGCCCACUGGGGUCCACUAAAACCUCAGACAUCUCCACUAAUCACACCACAUCUGGUGCCCUACAGUCGAUGAGAAGGACACUUCAACGUCUUUUCUCCUCAUCUUCCUCAUCAGGGCAGACUGAACCAGAGAGCCCUGCAGCUCCUCCUGUAGUUGAUAACAUGACUCCUGAAGAGAUCAAAGCCUGGGAAGAAGAAGAGCUGGAUAAGCCGAUUGACAUUGAUCAGAUCCGCGUUGACCCCUCACCUUUUCAGCUGGUGGAGAGAACAUCUUUGCAUAAGACUCACACGCUGUUCUCUCUACUGGGUCUCAGUCAUGCGUAUGUAACCAGUAUUGGUAAACUGGUUGGGGUGGUCGCACUAAAAGAGCUCCAGAAAGCAAUCGAGGGUUCGACUCGUAGCGGAGUGCGACUGCGUCCUCCUCUGGCCAGUUUCAGAGACGCGAGACGUAAGGCCAAAAAGCCUUCUCAUUCCCCUUCCGUCCCAUCCUCCCCCACAAGGGACAGAGAGCUGUGGAGCGAGGGAGUGAAAAGAGAAUCUAAAGACGAGUCCGCUGAUAGUUGUAUCCAGACAGCCGACAAAGAGUGUGAUAUCGCCACGGGCAACAGCGGCAGAAGUACCGUCAGCACCUCUCAGGAGCAACUGCCUUCCCCUUCUUCUUCCACAAUCCCUCUCUCCUCUCUUCAUUCUGUGCCUGAAGGAGAGGCGGAUGCUGAUAGAGAGAGUGAUGAGGAGCCUUUAUAGGUCUAUUGUUUGUAAUUUUCUCAAAUUCAGCCCUCCAGGGGGAGGCCACAUUAUGGUGCCGCCUUUGAGCCCAACACGAGCCACAGCGCCGGUGCACGAGAGCUGCGUCGUCGGACUUGUUGGUUGACUUUCUACUCUUCGGACAGGACUCUUUGUACUCUUUCUUUCUAGGUGUUUUUAUUCACUCAUGUUUCUUUUGUUGUCUAUACAUUUGUACAUAUGGACAGUCAGUCUGACAUAUCUCACUGAAUGUCUUCUCCCUCUUUGCUAGUCGAUCCCUGUGUUUGACUUCUGUACCUGAUAUUAUAUCACUGUAAAAAAGUGAAAAUGUUUGUAAAAAUGAAACAUUUGCUACUUUAACAAGCCGUUUAUAUCUGAUCUGACCCUUAAAAACCACUUGUCACAGUGUAGCCUAAUAUAGUCAUACUAAAUAGUAUUUUUGAUUUGUAGAUUUAAAUGUUGCCACAUGAAGCAAAUUUUAGGUUGCCUUAUAAACUUUUUUUACUGUAUAGAUGUGAAAUUUCAAGCAAUGCUUCAGGUUCAAUACAAGUUAAACUCAAUCUAGUGUUGCUGUUAAUUAAAACUAUUGCAGAUUGGUAAUUGAAAUAAAGCUUAAUAAUAUAUAAAUAUUAUAUGAAAAACCCAAACAAGAUUAGGUUGGAAUAAAUCUAAAAAUUAGUAAAAUUUGUAAAAUUAAAACUACAGAAAUAAUAAAAAAAAAAAAAAACUAUAAGAUUAAAAGCUAUAGAUAUUUAAAACAAAACAAAACAAAACAAAACAAAUAACUAAUGUGUGAUAUAACAUGAGUCACAUAAAAUGUGUGAAAGUCACAUAAAAGCUAAUUCAAAAAGUUUAUUAAAUGCUGUAAUAGUACAUUCAUGAUACUAAAAUAACACUGGCUUAAUCGACAAUAUUUAUGACACUGACUACCUAAAAAUACAUAAAUAAAUAAAUCUAGACAGUAAGAUUUUUUGUGUUUUUUAAAUAAGUCUCUAAUGCUCAUCAAAGCUCCAUUUUGCUUUGAGCAAAAAAAAAAAAGUAAUAUUAUUGAAAUUUAAAAUAACAGUUUUCUAUUUUAAUAUAUACUUUAAAAUGUAAUUUAUUUCUGUGAUGCAAAGCUAAAUUUUCAGCAUCAUUACUCCAGUCUUCAGUGUCACAUGAUCCUUCAGAAAUCAUUCUAACAUGCUGAUUUAUUAUUAAUGUUGAAAACAUUUGUGCUGAUUAAUUUUUUUGGAACCUGUGAUUUUUUUUCAGGAUUCUUUGAUGAAUAAAAGGUUAAAAAGAACAGUAUUUAUUCAAAAUAAAAUGUAUCAAUUUAACAUCCUUGUUGAAUAAAAAUAUUAAUUUCUUUCAAAGAACUGUACUGACCCCAAACUUUGAAUGGUAGUGUAUUACAAAAAAAAAUCCUGUUGCAAAUAAAUGCUGUUCUUUUUAUUGUUUUAUUCAUCCAAAAAAUCUGAAAAAAGUAUCAGUUUCCUAUAUAUAUAUAUAUAUAUAUAUAUAUAUAUAUAUUAAGCAGCACAACUGUUUGCAACAUUGAUAAUAAAUCAGCAUAUUAGAAUGAUUUCUGAAAAAUCAUGUGACACUAAAGACUGGAGCAAUGAUGCUAAAAAUUCAGUUUACAUCACAGAAAUAAAUUAUAUUUUAAAGUAUAUUAAAAUAGAAAACCGCUAUUUUAAAUUGAAAUAAUAUUUCACAAUAUUACUGUUUUUUCUGUUUUUCUAAUCAAAUAAGCACAGCCUUGAAGAGCAAAAAAGUCUUCUUUAAAAAACAUUGAAAGUAGUAAUGAUCCCGAACCUUUGAACAUAUUGUGUUACAGUGAUGCAUGGGCCAGUUUUUGGCUUUAAAAGAAGAAAUGAUAAGCUUAUAAUUUUAUAAAAGCACGUACAUUAAUUCUUCUGUUAAAAAAAUGUUUUUUUAGCUGUAACACUGUUUAAAUCAUACUUAUUAUCGUUUUAGGGUUUGUGUUUAUAGCAUUAUAUUGUCAAGUGAUUUUAUUCACAUUAAAACCUGUUCACAUUGAUGUUUUUCUUAUCUUGUGGCCGUAAUAUUGAAACAUUGUGUAUUUUAACAUUAAUGUAUUGGCUCCAUUCACUGUGCAUCACUGUAAGCUUUUUUUUUUUUUUUAAAGAA